CCGUCUAUAGAAUUUGAUCUGAAUAUUAAAGAGGUUCACUGUUCGCUAACCGGAGGGUUCUCCACGAACGAUGACGAUUGAAAGAGCUCGAGUCCCGUUGAGCCGGUGGCAACAAGCUGCCGUGGCGGUGGGUUCUGCCGUCGGUGCGUUAGUGAACCCUCGUAGGGCGGAUCUGAUCGCCGCUCUCGGUGAAACCACCGGGAAACCAGCUUUCGAAAUGGUUCUUGAGAGGAUGAAGAAGAGUCCUGAAGGAAGAGCUAUCUUGCUGGAGCGUCCUCGUGUUGUGUCAGAGCAAGUAGGUCAUGCUUGGGAUCUACCAGACAACACAUUUGGAGCUGCGUAUGCCAAGUUCAUGGGAUCUAGAAACUUCUCUCCCGACGAUCGUCCUCCUGUGAGGUUCAUGGAGACAGAUGAACUGGCGUAUGUAGCCACACGGGCACGUGAAGUUCACGACUUGUGGCACACGCUCUUCGGCCUCCCUACGAAUCUUAUAGGCGAGUCGGCUCUGAAAGUGAUAGAGUUUGAGCAGAUGUAUCUUCCGAUGUGCAUGCUUUCUGUGAUUGGAGGCACCGUGAGGUUCAACGAGAAGCAGAGGUCAAUGUUCUUUAGGCAUUACUUGCCUUGGGCUGUUAGAGCUGGAAGACAGUGUACAGACCUCAUGUGUGUGUACUAUGAGCGUCAUUUCGAUGAAGAUUUGGAGCAAGUCCGGAGACAAUGGGGGAUCAUCCCUGCUCCUCAGCAUCCUAAGUGAUGAGUUUUUCACACGUUUGAGAAAAGACUUUGUACUUGGUUUGAAACAGAAGUGCUUACAGUGUAAUUUGUUUUAGACUUUUAGUAUUGCAUGCAUUAAUGGGUAAUAAGAGAGAACUUGAAGUGUC